AUGACUAGCGACACCCCAGAGAAGCAGACCUCAGCGGAGGAGGUCGAGGCGCAGCCUGCCUCCACGGGCGGACCUGUUUACGAUGUCGGCGAGAAGGUCGACUACGACAGAGUGGGCGCCAUCGAUGCCGAGGAGGUCGAACAUCGUAUGACUGUGCUCCAGGCUGUCAAGGCCUAUCCCGCUGCCAGCUGGUGGGCAUUCGUGAUGUCGUGCACCAUUAUCAUGGAGUCAUACUGUGUUUUCUUAAUGGGACAGUUCGUCGCCACUAAACGAUUCGCCCAGGACUUUGGUGUACUCAGCAAAACAGGCGAGUAUAUUAUCGAAGCUUCAUGGCAGUCAGCAUUCCAGUGUAGCGGGCCGGUCGGUGCCUUCAUCGGUGUAUUCAUCGCAGGUCCCAUUACCAGUUGGAUUGGAUAUCGAUGGGCAACCAUUGGCGGUCUCAUGUGCUUGAACCUCUUCAUCUUAAUCUUCUAUUUCGGCAACAGCUCGGGGAUGUUUUUCGCGUCCCAGAUCCUGGAAGGCAUCCCGUGGGGCAUUUUUAUCGCCAAUGCCCCCGCCUACUGUGCCGAAAUUGUGCCCAUGAGACUGAGAGCUCCAGCCACGCAAAUGUUGCAGAUGUUCUGGGCGAUUGGGUCGAUCAUCGUCGGCGGUAUCACUUUCCACUACCAAUCCAAGGAUGACCCGUCAGCGUACAGAGUCCCCAUUGCACUCCAGUGGCUUUUCCCUACUCCCCUCGCUAUCCUACUCUUCCUUGCGCCUGAAUCGCCCUGGUGGCUCGUACGAAAGGGCCGCCUGGCUGAGGCAGAGAAGGCUGUCAAACGCCUUGGGCGCGCGAGUGCAAAUGAUAAUCCCGCUGACGCAGUCGCAAUGAUGCGUCGUACGAUCGAACUCGAGAAGACUGAGAAGAAGCCCAGUCUCAUUGAACUGUGGAAAGGUACCGAUCGCUACCGCACAUUGAUUGUGUGCGGUGUGUACGCAUCUCAGAAUCUGACGGGCAAUCUGAUUGCUAACCAAGCGGUUUACUUUUUCAAACAGGCCGGCAUGGCUGACAACACCGCAUUUGCACUUGGUCUCAUCACUUCUGCCCUCCAGUGGAUAAUGGUCAUGCUCUCUUGGGUUCUCACCACAUACCUCGGCCGACGCACCAUCUAUGUCUAUGGUCAAUUCAUAAACUGUGCAUUCUUGAUCGCGCUCGGUAUUGCGGCUUCAGUUGGCGGUGGUAACGCGGCUAGCAAUGCGCAAGCAUCACUUGGCUUGAUCGUCUCCGUCCUGUUCUGCUUGGGACCCGCCCCUGCCUCAUGGGUCAUCAUCGGGGAGACAUCUUCCGUUCGUCUCAGGCCACUGACCACCGGUAUUGGACGCGGUGCCUACUACUUGGUCAAUAUUCCUUGCAUCUUCCUGUCCAGCUACAUGCUCAACACUGAUAAGUGGAACCUGGGCGGCAAGAGCGGCUACAUCUGGGCUGGUACCGCCUUUGUCUGCACCGCCAUGUCUUGGAUCUGGAUUCCAGAGAUGAAGCACCGGUCCUUCCGUGAGAUCGACAUUCUGUUCAAUCGUCAUGUCCCAGCUCGCAAAUGGAAGCAGACGGUCGUCGAUAUCCGCGACGAUGAGUAG